AUGUUUUUUUGGCUGCUCUUCGUUUUUUCCGUUCUACCUCUUGGCCAACUGCAGGUGUUUGAGGGUUCUGGAGAAGAGAAUCUCGUGGACGAGUAUUGGUUGCAAAGACUGAUCGAGACAGUGCAAAUCCCGCAUUAUUUGACACAGAAAGCUUAUCAGCUUGCUGAGAACUCGAAACUUGAUGUUGAUGAGGAAGAACUUUUAACACUGGAUGCUUCGGUUCCAGAUCAUGCCAAAGAAAUAUUCACCAGAGAAAUCAUCGAAGCUUCUGAAGAAAGUCAGGAAUCACUGGUGAACGCUACCGAGAAGCUGAUGUCCGUUGUGUACUUUGCUUUCAGGCCUUUCGGUUGUGAUCAGGAUAACAUUUGGCCAAGUGUUUACAAUAUGUCAUCUGACAACUUGAAUUGCAUUGCUUUCACGUUGUUGCAGAAAGUUUAUGACAAGUCGGAAUUUACACGAAAGUAUCUGGCGAGAGCAAUUCACUUUGGCAUCACGAGCAAAGCACCAAUUGAUCACAGGAUUCAUGAAAUGCUUGUCUACCAAUAUCUUCUCCCUAACUUGGACCGUGUCUGGUUCAACAGCAUGAAAAUCCAGCUGAAAAAUAGUUUCUGGAACGAGCAGGAGUUCACAAAAACACCCACCUACGAAGAUGACAGUUUCUUCUGUGGUUCUAUGCCAUUCACAGAUGAAGUUCAGGACAAAAUCAAUUAUUAUUACACAAGUCGAUGA